UUGCAAAUGGUGGAUUGCGUUGCGUUUUCUCGUGCUCCGUUUAAAAUAUUUACGUAAAAUAGUGUAAAUUUUGUGGUGCGGUGUUUCUGACUUUUAAAAACAUGUCGGAAACACUGCCAAAUAAUAAAAAGCAAGUUUCAAGGCAGCUGCGUGAGCGCAAGCAGCGAAAAUUGUAUUCGGACGAGUGGGCCCUCGGUGAUGAUGAAGCAGAAGGUGGUAGGGGGUUCUCCCUCGCUGACAAAUUGGAGAGUCCCAGAUUCGAGCACUCCGGGGCGGUGUUGGAGAUGCAGGGCGCGGAUCUCACCAUCUCUUAUCUGCAGAAGAACGGCUUCACAACUCCAAUUCUGUUUAAAGAUAAAGCUGGAUUGGGUUUAAGAGUGCCGACCAGUAACUUCACAGUUAACGAUGUGCGCAUGUGCGUCGGCUCCCGACGCCUUCUUGACGUGAUGGAUGUUAACACACAGAAGAACAUCGAGAUGACCAUGAAGGACUGGCAGCGAUAUUACGAUGACCCCAACAAAGAGAGACUGCUCAAUGUUAUUUCAUUAGAGUUCUCCCACACGCGCCUGGAGAAUUACGUGCAGGCUCCGAAGAUUGUGAGACUCAUUGAUUGGGUCGAGACGGUGUGGCCGAGACACCUAAAAGAUCAACAGACUGAAUCUACAAACGCUCUCGAUGACAUGAUGUACCCGAAGGUACAGAAAUACUGUUUGAUGUCUGUCAAGGGGUGCUACACGGAUUUUCACAUUGACUUCGGUGGUACGUCUGUGUGGUACCACAUUUUGAGAGGGGCAAAAGUAUUCUGGUUAAUUCCGCCGACAGAGCGCAACCUGCAGUUGUAUGAGAAGUGGGUUUUGUCAGGCAAACAGUCCGAUGUGUUCUUUGGAGAUACUGUGGAGAAAUGCAUUCGAGUCCAUCUUCAGGCUGGCCACACAUUCUUUAUCCCGACGGGCUGGAUCCACGCGGUGUACACGCCCAGCGACUCCCUGGUAUUCGGCGGUAACUUCCUGCAUCAGUUCGGGAUUGAGAAGCAGCUCAACAUCGCGCAGGUUGAAGAUGUUACAAAGGUCCCUCAGAAGUUCCGUUACCCUUUCUUCACGGAAAUGCUCUGGUACGUGCUCGACAAGUAUGUGAGUGCGUUGUUGGGACGAUCGCACCUCGCUAUUGAAGGACACGCCCCGCCCGCCGCGCCUGCGGACCGCGUGCAUCUCACACUGCUUGAGUUGCAUGGACUGAAGGCCAUCGUGGUGUACCUGCACCAGCUGCCCGCGGCCCGCAAGUCGGUGCCCGAGCUGCUGGCCGACCCCAUCGCGCUGGUGCGGGACGUGCGCACGCUGGUGGAGCAGCACCGCCACGACAAGCAGGCGCUGGCCGUCACCGGCGUGCCUGUGCUCAGAGGUCCGGACGAGGGCAGCGGCGAGCGUGUACGCCAGUGGAGCGGGCGCGGCGCGCGCGGAGGCGGGCGGGGGGGAGCGCGGCCCCGCCCCGAGCACGCGGGCGGCGCACCGCGCAGGCGCAGGACCAGAUGUAAGAAGUGCGAAGCGUGCCAGCGUACUGACUGCGGUGAAUGCGUGUUCUGUCACGACAUGGUUAAGUUCGGCGGGCUGGGUCGGGCCAAGCAGACUUGUAUCAUGAGGCAGUGCCUGCAGCCAAUGUUACCAGUGACGGCGUCAUGCGCUGUGUGCCAUUUAGAUGGAUGGAUGCAGACGCCGGUCGCUCCACAGGCUAAAGGAAACUCUGGUCGCAACGGGCCGUCCACGCUCCGCGAGUGCUCGGUGUGCUACAGCAUUGUGCACGAGGGAUGCGUAGCGGCAGGCGGGCAGCUCAACGAGGACCUGCCCAACUCCUGGGAGUGUCCUACCUGCACCUCCAUGGGGCUCACCCACGACUACAAGCCGCGACACUUCCGCGCCCGCCAGAAAUCGUCGGACAUCCGCCGCAUGAGUGUCAGUUCGGACGCCAGCCACAUCAGCCAAAAUCAUAGUGUCCAAAACAGAUUGCCGCCGCCAUCAUCUGUCCCGGUCAAAACGGAAAAUGGCUCGGACAGCGAGAACAAAAACGAUGCGACCAUCAAAACUGAAGAUACUGAGAUAAAUCGCGACGAAGAUGGCAAUGAAACACACGAGAAUGCGGAGGGUGCGGAGCGGGGCGAGAACUGGGAGCCGGUGAAUAAGAAGAGACGAGCGAGCGAUGAGGACGAGGCGCCCAAGAAACAGGCCUUGCGCGCGCAUCUGGCGCUGCAACUCACACAUCACUCUGCUAAGGCGCUCAAGAAGCCGCUGUACCCGGUGCGGCCGGCGCCCGCGCCGCUCACCGGCCACUCGGGGCUGUGGCUGGACCGGCGCGCCAUGCUGAGCGUGUUCACCAAGCUGACGCCGCACGACCUGGCCACCUGCGCGCUGGUGUGCAAGGCCUGGGCCGAGUACUCCACGGACCCGUCCCUGUGGCGCAGCAUGUCGUUCGUGCAGGUGCGCGUGUCCGCCGCACAACUGGCCGGCAUCGCGCGGCGCCAGCCACUGUCGCUGGGGCUCGAGUGGUGCCAUCUAGCACGCCGCCAACUCGCAUGGCUGGUGGCGCGCCUGCCCGCGCUGCGGCGCCUGUCGCUGGCGGGGUCGCCGGCCGAGGCGGCGCUGGCGCUGCGCUGCGGCGCGUGUCCGCCGCUGGUGUCGCUGGACCUGUCGUUCGCGCGCGGCCUGGACGACGCCAAGCUGCGCGGCGUGCUGGCGCCGCCCGAGAGCUCGCGGCCCGGCGGCGGCGCGCGCGGCGCCGAGCCCUCGCGCCUGGCGCAGCUGGCCGUGCUGCGGCUGCCCGGCACCGACAUCACGGACGUGGCCAUGCGCUACGUGGUGCAGGCGUUACCGAAGCUGGAGGAGCUGGACGUGUCGUCGUGCGCGCGGCUGACGGACGCGUGCGCCGCGCAGCUCGGACACCACCCGCUGCAGAGACUGUCGCUGGCGGGCUGCCGCCUGCUCACAGAGGCCGCGCUCGACCACCUGGCGCGCUGUCCCGACCUCGUGCGGCUUGAUCUCCGACAUGUGCCCCUUGUAUCAACGCAAGCAGUCAUCAAAUUUGCCGCCAAAUCAAAACACAACUUGCACGUUAAGGAUGUAAAGCUGGUGGAGUUGAGGACCUGAUGUGGGACCCCCGUGGCACAGGCCCCAAAUGAGAGCCCAGAAGUAGAACCUGAGCUUUACCCAACCGAGACAUUAACAGAGGAUGCUUAAGUGAACUUGUUCAGUGAAAGUGAAUACUAAAGAUUCUGUGUGCUGUGAAUAUGAAUGACAUGAAGCCAAAUGAAUUCUAAUCUAUGUUACAUUAGGUAUUGUAAGAGGACUAUAUCUGUCCAAGUUGUGUGAUAUUCACAAUCUUAAUAUUUUAACUAGUCCCACUGACUAGGAUGCCGCACCACAGUGGUGCCUUUUUCUGAAGCAAGUGCAAUAGUGCAAACACUAUUUGGGCUUUAGUUUGAAGGGCGCGCUAAAAUUACGAGACAACGAUGUGAACUCUCAGUAGCGUUCACAUCUUUGUCUCAAGGUGACUAGCGAAAACUCAGUGCUACUUAGAAUAUUAGGUUAUCAAGAAUCCUGAGUGGCAGUUCUUUAUCACUUCUUAUAAUAACAAAAUGAUUCAAGCCUGGAAGUUAUCCUAAAUAAGUAGAAUGUGAACUAUUAUUGUUCAAUUUUGAAGGUAAGAUGUUAGUUGCCUUAUUAAUAAACAAUUUUACUUUUUCACUGUCUUCCUCUGUAUUUCUUCUAGUAACAGCACAUGUGUAAUUAUAUACAACCAGUGAGUCCAACAAUGAAGUGCGCUAUGAAGUAGAGUUUCUUUCCUCACUUACACAAGUCAUCUGCGAUAUGUUCCAUUGCGAAUCAGUACUGGUAUUUAGGUGUGUCACAUGUACGUAGUGAAAUUUGUUAUAUCAAAUUAGUACAUUUUUUUCUUUAAAUAUGUUUUAAAACUUGUGCUUUAAAUGGCUGUGCGGUGUGCUUUAAAUAUAUAGUAUAUGUUUUGUGACAACCCUUCAUAUUUUUAGUGUCUAGACAGUGUAAAGGAAUUGGCCCGCCAGUUAUAUAUUUUAUUACACACAUGAUAAUAGUUACAAAUAGUAUUUGAUAUUUUAUUUUUGUUGUGGAAACUAUCUAUCCUGCACUCCCUAUAAGUGAGUUUGAUUAAUAGUUUUUUUUAUUUUCCACCAUCACUUUUGAACUAUCACCUCUAAAUGCAUUCUUUUAGGGAACAGAUGGAAGACUAGUGAAAAUUACAAGUAAUUAUUGUUAUAAAUAUAUGAUAUUGUGGUACACACAGGUGUAUUUAAAGCUACAAUGUAAAUGUAACUGUAUAUACAUUUUUUUACUGUAAAUAUAUUAUUUUACAUUAAAGUGUUUUACAACAAGAUGUAAAAUAUAAUUACCAUCAAUUGUUUCAUAGCACAAAAAUAAAUAUAAUAUGAAUAUAUAUUAUUAUAGUUGAUAUUAUUAAUUUUAUUGUGUGUUGUAUAUUUAUCAUAUUUUAUUGUUUUUUUUUUAAAGUGGCUCAAUUAGUUGACAUUCAUUUUUAUGUUUUGACUGUAAUUAUCAUUUUAUGCUUUAUGAUAUGUAAAUAACUAAAUAGAUUGGCUUCCCCAUUCCAGGAAUGUAUAUUUUUUUUUCUUUAAUUUCUGUUGACAUGUUUUACGGAAAUGAGUAUUUGUUAUAAUGUAAUUAAAUCUUGUGCAUCCUUCAAAAUUCCCAAUUUCGUAAAUGUUGUAGACAUGCUUCAGAUAAGGACUAUACUUAAUAAGUUAAUGAUAAAUACUUUUAAGUAAUAUGUGUCUAUGAUCGAAUGACGAAAGAAUAUGUAUUUAAUUAAACUUUGCAGAAUAUGUGCAUAAACUUAUUCUGAAGAUGCGCAGUUUUAAAACAAAGUACGUUCUGGUACUUUGUGUGGUGUUUCCUGGAUAACACAACAUGGUUAUUUUCAAAAAUAAGUGUGUACUUCCAGCUAAAAUGCCGGUAUGCUCAUGUGAUUCCUCCGCUGUUGCAACAACACAGUGUGGUCUACGACGAUCACUUACCAGGUCACUAAGCAGAUGAUCCGUGGGCUUGUUUGUCCCCCUCUUCCGUAAAUAAAGAUAUACGAAUCAUUCGUCUAGAUACGACGUGCAACUUGUACCGCGACAAGUGUACAAGUGACAUAUUUUAAAUUGAUAGAGCUGCAGUGUCAAAUAUUUUAAACUGAUGGGAUAUCAAAAUGAGUAAAAACUCUCAACAACAGAUGCGAUUUGCGUUUAAGCAGUGCUUAGAUAAUUCGAGUCACGUAUUAUUCUCAUACGCCGAGACUCGUUUUUGAUACUGGAAUCCGAAAAUUGCAUUAAUACUACUAGUCUUUAAUAUUUAGAAAUUGAAAUAUAUUGUAGAAAUGCUAAAGUUGUAAAUAUUGAAUAAUGGAGUGGAAUGAGUUUUGUUUCUCUGAAGCAUUUAAGCUCAAACCAUUCAGUAUAAUCAAAAUAUAAUGUUCAGAAGUAGUUUUUAACUUAAAUGAAUAAAAAUCAUAAUUCACCGCUUGUGUAACUUCAUUAUAAUGUUGGAAGUGUGAAUUUGUUUUAGUUUGUGAUGAGAAAAUGGCAUUGUGUUAUUGUAUUUUAGUUCUAGUCGCUUAUUAGGCUUAAGUUAUUGUCCUCUACAGUGACCAGAGGCUACUCUAAGAGAAGUGUCAUUAUUAUUAUAUUGUUAGACUAGGUAAUUUGUGGUUAGGAUAAUAAUUGCAUAUCUAUAGGAUGGGUAUGCUGAUUUCUGAUUUAAAAUAAGAACGGUUACUGUUAGACAAUACAUGUAAUACUAACGGACUCAACGUCUUGUUCGAAACUUGUUUAAAUGAUAAGAUUAUAUUUUAUAAAUAAAUAUGUGUGAUGUUUUGUGGUUAUAAUUAUGUAGUCAUAUGCGGAUAAAUUAAGAAAAAUAUUUUGUCGAAAAACAAUAAUGUAUAGAAAUUUAUCGUAGCGCCACCUACCGGCUUCAGUUUCAUAUUUAACUGCACCGGACAGGUAAAGCUCACUCAUGAUCGAAUAUGAGAUGAUAUAACUGUAAGAUAUAUCUCCUAUCUGAAGGUGUUUCAUAAUUUAACAAAGACCGAAAAUUGGUCCCAUAUGCCAGAAGGGUUAGCAUUUUUUUUUUAUAUUUUGAUGAGGUAACAGGGGAUCGUGUAAUAAGCAAGUCUUCAUAUUGCUUUCAAAUUAUACUGUUAUGAGUGGUUAUAACGGCUUAUAUCUAUCAAAUAAUUCAGAGUGUAAAUAUUAAGGGAGUGUUUUAUUACAUUCAGUGAUGGUCUAAACGAGACUAGCGAAUAUCUAUCAUGAAGGUAGGGGAAAAAUCGUUCUAAAUUGAUUUAACGAAACCAUUAUAAUAGACUUUAUAAGCAAAAACCUUCACGUAGAUUAAUCCAAUAAGUAGUAAUAAUACUCACAACGUACUAAUGACGCUCUUGGGGUGGCCUCCGACUUUUCAUCACCUCCUUAAUCGUCCACCAAUUAUUGGUGUGACACCAAGGAAUUGGCCAGACUAAAAUAGACUGUCACGUGAGUUCCCAAUUUCACACCUUAUCCCUAUUUAUAUAUGAAACAUUUUGUAUGAAUUGCAACCACACUACCUUUAGUGAUAUAAGUUUUGUUCCUAAUUUAAUUAUACUUAAUCGAUACCACACGCAAUAUACUGGCUGUUUCUAUCACUUAAAUAGUUGACAUUCAUUUUUUGAUCACUUGGAACUAUACUAUGCUAGAAAUGUUCGGGUCCAAAUAUGUAUCAGUUAAAAAACUGAACUCUUUACUAACUUACAAAAACUAGCUUUUUAAUUUUUAUAACUUAAUUUUUAUUAUAUUAGAACCUUAGCGUUAGAUGAUCUCUGCAAUUGUCUCAUGACUCGAGUUAAGUUGGGCGACAGUUCUAGACUAAGUAGGUUUGUUGUGUACUAAGUCUUGCCCGAUAUAAAUGUAUCUAAAAAAUUUAACUGAAUUAGCCGGUUGUUUUGAGAAAUUCCAUUGCAAUUUAAAUGGUUAUAAUUGUUGUUUUUGAGUGUUAAUUCUGGGAAGUUUCAGUAAACCACUGCUACAUGAGGCAAUUCUUAGUCAAAUUCAAAACUUUACCAAAACCAAAGUCAAAACGGUUUGGGGAGCUGAGAGAACAGCUACCGAAGAUGCUCAUUUAGAGGCGAAACAUGGGUCGCAGUGGUUUUGUGAAACUUGGCGGAACUAAAGAUCAUUUAUAUUUUAAAUAUAUUUCUAUUUUUGUAGGCCAGAUAAUUUCUUAUGGACAAAUUACCUAACGGACUUAAUAUACUUUAAAUUUGAAGGGGAGUUCUUUAGUAAUCAAUAAUAUUAUGAAAAGACGAUGCGACGCGCCUUGUUGUUGAUUAUUUAAAUGAAACUGCUAGGACUAUUUACACAAACUAAAUGUAGCUAGACAAAGCCAUACGUCAUUGUAAUCCUCAGUUGAUGCCAAUGUAUAGGUACUUAUAGUUAUACAUUUGUACAUAUAUUUAAGUGUAAAGAUGCUUGUAUACAAGCAAGGUCGGAGGGCCGCCUCUUAGUUUUAAAUAAAAUGUAUAAGUAGUAUUUAUCUUUUGCUUUUGUUUUCAAUUGGUCAGGCCAGGUUAGUAAUGCCAGAAUAAAUAGCUGGUUUAAGCCGUGCCAAUAAGCAAGCGUUUUAUAAAAGGCAGCAGUUGGUAUCUUAAGGGGUGUAACAAUGAUAGAAUACGAUGGCUAUGGUAUUCUAUAGAACGAAUAUGCAAACGCUAUUUAUACGCUGCAUGGUGCACUCGGUAACCUCAUAGCGAGGAUUCUGGCUUCUUUCAAUAACACCGCUCAAGAUCCGUAACACUGGCCGUGUUAAAAAAUUAAAAUUUCUAAAAAAAUAUGAUAUUUUAACGUUUGACUCAGAAAAAAGUUUUGCAAUUCCUAAUAUUAAAAACAAGCUGUUUAUUUAAUAUGGAGUGAUGUAUUUGAUGUUAUUUGCACUAGUGGAUAACCGUGUUAUAAAUGUCGUAUCAGAUUCACGUGGUUCAAAUUAAAGUGUAAAUUUUUAACAUUUUAUUGCUUUGAAUGUGUAUAUAGGAGUAUAAUAUGCACAUGUUAAUGUUUAGUUAUAAGGUGGUAACAUACUUAAAUAAGGGAUUGUGUGCCUCUGUGUAAAUGUUAUUAAAUUAAUUAAAAUUAAAAUAAUAGGCACGCUAAGAGCAUGUUUACAUUGUGGAACUUAAUAUAAGAAUAAUAGAAAACGGUGUAUGUUCUAAGUAUUCAUAUCACCACAGUGUAAAUGAAUUCUAAGACUGUGUAAAAAGUUAGCUAAGUGGUUAUACAGAUAAAUUUGACUCUCCAAAAAUAUUUGGGAUAAUUUUGUAAUAAAUGUAUAUAGAUAAAAGAAAUUCAGUAUCGGUACUAUCCGAGCAGUUAAAGAAUGAGAUUAGAAAUGUCUGCAUGUACCGUCAGCAAAUAUGAUUGCAAUUUACUGUUUGGUUUGAGUUUGUUAUGAUUAAGGUUUGUUGAUAACUUGAUGCAUAAUUAAUAUAAAUUGAAUCUGUAUAUUAAAAACCCACACAAUUUUAUUAAAGGUAUUUGGAAAUUCCUAAUCCCAAUCUUUAUCUGCGCUAGUAGGUGUGAGAAUUACGAAAGACUUGUCUAUGCUCAUAAGCUGACAUGAGGUUGGUAAGAGAUGGUGAUAUUAAGGCUAAAUUUUAUUAAAUGUUAUGAGAAAAUAGCGUUAAAGAGUCUUAUUGUAUCAUUGGUUACCAUAACCACUUAUAGUAUUUGAAAUAAAUAUUUACAACGAA